CCAUGGACCCUGCUGUUGCAAAGGCGUUGGCAACAAUCAGAGCAGGCGUGAAGUCUUCCAAGCAGCGCAACCAGGAGAUCCGCAACGAGGCACCGCGUUUCUAUGCGCUUCAGCGGGCAGAGAAGGCCAAGAGUGCGGUGAAAGGCGCUGCCCAGGUGGUAUAUUGGGGAGCCACAGGCAUUUCUUUGGCCGGAGCCUGCAAAAAGGCGAGCACCGGACACCACAAUCUGAAGAUCAUUGGGUCGGCGGUAGGUUUGGCAGGUGAUGCUGCAGGUGAACUCUCCAAGCACUGUGGAGGCAGCCCUGAGAAAAAACUGAGCGCUGGCCUUGCAAGUCUCCGGGAGAAGUUGGUUCAUGAAACAGAAGGUCUGAAGAAAGCCACCGAUGAGUUCUAUGCCUUGCUUCCGCAAGAUCUUCCCGGUGUCGAAAGAACUCCUGAAAAAGCUGCUGGCUCAGCGCUCAUGCAAGGAGCGCGAGCUGCCAACAAAGCUGUUGCUGGGGGCGGCUCAACGGUGAAAGAAGCUGGAAAACGUUUGGGUCUCCUGAAAGAUGUUCAUUUACGUGCUGCCGGUUAUGUCACCCGCUCGAACUAUCGAGAAGUGCCAAAGAGCGACCGUUGCUCCUUACGGGCCAGGCGUUUGGGCAUCACCAGUUCUUCCAUCGUCUUUGCUGUUGGAGGAUUGGAAGUCGCCGGUGCUAUCUAUCAGCUGUAUUCAAAGUCAGCUACUAAGAAACAGGUGGACCAACUUGUGGCCCUCGCAGACAAGCAUGAUCAAGAGUUGGACGAGCUUCUGCGAGUCGCGGAAGCAGUGGCCCGAGGAGAGACACCUCAAACAGCUGCGUUCGAGAGCUUGGAGCGGACAUGCCGCGCAAUUGAGGGCACUUUGAACAUUUUGGGUGAGAUCAAGAAGGACCUCCGUGAACUGAUGCGGCAGGCAACAGUGAACAACACGGCAAUUCAAGGGACCAACAUUGCAUCUGGUGUGUUUAGCAUCACUGCUUCGGCCCUUGGCAUCACUGCACUUUGUGUUGCGCCCGUCCCUUGCGGCAUAGCUUUUGCGGUGUUCGCAUCAACCUCCGCCGUCACAAGCGUGGGGGCUGCGGUGGCGGAGAUGAUCAUUGAUGGGAAACAGCAGCAGCAACUCAUGGACUUGCGUGAGAAGCUUCAGGCUUCCAUGCAAAAGUUGGAGGAGGAGGAAGAUGAGGAGGGAGGCUGGACAAUUGACAAAUGGGUUCAAGGAUCCAGAACGUUCGCAAGUUUUGCUUCUUCUGUUCUUGAUCUUGGAGAGAAGAUCACAGGCAAAAUUAUCUUUAAAGCUGGCAAACUUGCUUGCGACGGUGCAAAGACUGCAGCGAAAGCUCUGGGGAUCGUUGGUGGUGGGGUUGGGAUCGCUGUCGGGCUCAUCGACGUUGUGAACGGUGUGGCUUCCCUCGUGAAAGGAUGUGCCACAGCCAAAGCAGCAGGUGAGCUUGUGGACGUGAUUGAAAGAGAGGAGAAGAAGCUGGAGGAACAGCUGGAGAAGUUUUACGGGCCGCAAGAUCCCCAAUAGCCCCAAUAGCCCGUGCAUUUGAUGUGAUGCUUGUCAAAUGAGUCGAUUGCGCAAGCCGCAUUUUUCCGCAUGCUCCGCCUUUUUGGUUUGUUCCAAACCAUUUUAAGCCGAGCAAAGCUCGCUAGUCAAGUUAGACUGCUUGUGCAGAAUCUUGUCAGACUUGUUAGACUAUAGACACAUCAGAACCCAGAGCCCGUUUCCUGUCUGAGGAAAA